GUUUCCCGCGGAACUUUGCGAUUUCAUAGCCUCAGCCAUUGCAGCAGUCGCCCCUUCGGGGAAGGGUGGGAGUCACACUCCUGCUUGCAUGGAUAAGAGCCUGGUACACCCGGUCGUCAGUGUUCCCUUCAUCUUCGAGGCUCGUGAUCGCUACCACUGCACGGAAGCUUGGGAAGGACAUCGCUUGGUCAUGGUAGCCUUCACGGUGCCAGAGUGUGAGAAGCUUGACAAGGACGACGCGGCUUUCGUUGUUGACUUAGGCUUCCACAUCAACGGCAAAGCAGCCGAUGUGGACCCUGCCAUUCCUUUCCGUCCCGAGCUGUGGCAACAACGGAAUUCCGGUCAAUGUCAGCUGGGCGGGAAGCGAAGGUGGACUCCGAGCGCGCGUGGAGCACGGCUUGGCGAAACGGCGCGGCGCUUCGCUCCAGCCAUGCACACCUUGGUGAAAUCAUUUGUACUUCGGGUCAUCCCUGAUGCUGAACGAUCAGCCAUGGAGCUUGUCUUGGGACGAUACACUUCGUCCCCCUUCUCGGAGAAGGACAUGUCACAGCUUCGCCAGCAAUGGGUUAGCCUUUUGGGUGAUAGUCAGGGUUUUGACUUGCUUGAGGUUCCGGAGAGACAGCCUUUCUUCUUGCCAGCCUUGGCGCGCACCGCCGAGCUGCUUGAGGAUCCGGACUGGGAAAUCGUCACGCAAGGCAACGACAACUUUUGCACGGGGGUUCCCUUAGGUUGCGAAGAGGUCUUGCCACAGGUUCCGCAAGUCUUUGACUUUAAGUAUAAGUCUAGGACCCUUGACGAAUCCGAAUACGAUUGGGACAGAUCGAACUAUCAGAGCGCCCGAGAUUUUGAAGCACCUCUACACGAGAAGUUCAGGGAGGAGGAGCGACUCGGGAGAAUGUUUCCGACAACCCUUGGUGCGCUUAAAGAACAGUUCGGCUCUGAACGUAUUCGUAUCGCCAGCCUUGGAGCGAUCGGCAAGCCGGAUGGAGGGGCAAGACCCAUCCAUGACGCCACGCACGGCGUCCAGGUAAACAAUGCCAUCAAAAUAGAAAGCCAGCAGGCCGUGCCAGGACCGGCUGACCUUUCAUACGUUGUCGAGGAGCCCAUCAGGCGGGGAGAGGUUCCCUUCUGUGUGUCUGCAGACGUCACGGCGGCUCACCGCCUGAGCAAGGUUCGUGAGCAAGACUGGCCUUAUCUUGCGUGCCGUGCCGAUGACUCCUCACCCACCAUAUGGGUGAACACAGUGGGCACCUUCGGGGUGUCCUCGGCGUCGUUUUGGUGGUCUAGACUGUUCGGGAUAAUAGGUCGGGUGGUUACGAGGUGUCUGCUGCAAAUCCUCUUCUUUCACUUGGUCUUCGUAGAUGACCUGCGCGCAAACUUCUCAGGCCGAAACCGCUACGUUCACACCUUGAUGUGGCUAGCUUUGUUUGAGAUGAUUGGCACUCCUUUCUCAUACAAGAAAUUCAAGGGAGGAUUCCGGGUUCAGUUCAUUGGCUAUGAGCUGGACUAUAAAUCCAGGACGAUGGGCAUUUCGGCCUCCAGAGAGAAAUACGUGAUUGAGUGGAUUCAGAACGCACGCCGCCAGAAGUUUGUAGUCUUGACACGUGAUUUUGCGGAAUUUCUAGGACGCCUCGGAUUUGUAGCUAGGACCUUGCAUUGGCUUAAACCCCACUUGGGUCCAUUGUAUGCGUGGUCAGCUGCGACAGCCAAGGGAACGGCCGCCACGCUCCCGCUGACUGUCAUCUUGACCUUAGAAUACAUUUCCAAAAUCCUUCAGCGAGAAAAUUUUCAUAUCAGUGUCAGGCGCGUGCAGCUGCAAAGCGAACCUUCGUUCCACACAGAUGCGAAGUGUGCCGAUGGAUUUGUGGUUAUAGGUGGGUGGGAUAGUUUGGGUAAGUCACCUAAGGAGGCCCGAUGGUUUUCGUUAAAGAUUUACCCCACUGAUGCCCCGUACUUGUUUGAUGCAAAGCAGAAGUCCCAGUGGGCCUCUGCCUCAGCUGAGUUACUGGGCACCCUUGCAGCCCUCCACUGCUUCGGUCACCUGAAACCCUUGAGUGCCCCGAGGAGGCUCUUCGUCAACGUCGUCGCGGCGACGGACAAUCGAGGAAACGAGGCCUUGAGAAAGAAACUUUCCACUACGAAGUGGCCGCUAAUGCUUGUCAACAUGCAGCUUUCAGAUUUGAUCAUGCAGGCAGGUCUUACCCUGUCCCUUCGGUGGAAGCCCAGAGAUGAGAACGCACUUGCCGACUCACUGACGAAUGAAGUCUUCAGUUCCUUUUCAGAGAAUCUCAGAGUCCCUCUCAGUUUCAGCGACCUUCCUUUAAGGAUGCUGUCAGAUCUUUGGGAGACUAAGUGUCAGUUUGAGGCUGCACGUGCCAAGGCUCGUGCUGAGCCCGUCUCGCUUCGCAAGCGGAGGCGAAAGGAGAAGACUCCGUGGUGA